AUGGUUGUCACAAGUCAGAUUUCUAUUUCUGGUGUGAUGUGCAGAGUCCUUAUUGAUUCUAGAGAUACUCAUUCUUAUGUUGCUUUGAAAAUAAUUGAUAAAUUGGGUUUUCCUUGUAAACUUUUUGGGAACAGUUUUAGUACAAUGUUACCAUCUUGUGAGGUUAUGUUGUCAUCUAGGUGGUUACAAUUAGUUUAUGUAGUAAUUGAGGGCAGGAAGUAUCCAACAGACCUUAUAGAAUUAGAUAUACCAGACUAUGAUGAGAUUCUUGGCAUGGACUGGUUAACUAAAUUCGGUGCAACUAUAGAAUGUAGAAGGAAGACAGUAGUGUUUAAACCAAAUGAAGGUGAAUCCUUUUCCUUUAAGGAAGAAGUGAUGGGAUUUCGAACACAUGUCAUUUUGGCAUUGAAAGCUCGGAAUAUGAUGCAACAUGGAUGUUCAUCAUACUUAGCAAGUGUUUUGGAUAAGUCUAGAAAAAUAGAAUUGAAGCGAGAAAAUGUUCACAUAGCUAUGAAUUCUCGGAAGUGUUUCCCGAGGAUCUACUAG